AUGUCUAGGCCUAUUAAGACGACGAGAUCAAGCAAAAUAGAUAAUGCUCCGACUCCUCACAACACACCAGCGAGUGUGUUGAAGGAUUCGUAUUUGAAGAAGAAGCAACAGGAGCAGGAUCAGGAAGAUGAAUCGCAGUACAAUGAGAGUCCAUCGUUGUCGAGAAUAAACGAGAAGCUUGAAGUGUUGAACAUUGACGAGGAAAGCGAGGAUGCGGAAUUUGAUGAGGAGCAUGGGUUUGAGAAGUUGCCCAAGGCUGUGAACAACCGUAUUCUUGCUUUGAAGGCGAUCCAGUCUGAUUUGUUUGAGCUGGAAAAGAACUUCCAGCUGGAGAUGUUGGAAUUGGAGCAGAAGUACUUGCAGAAGUACGAGCCUUUGCACCAGCACCGUUUUGAGUUGAUUGCGGGUUUGAAGGAUGCUACCGAGGAGGAGAUCAAGAAGGGUCGUUCCUUGGGCGAUGCAGCAGAGAAGGGUGAGGGUGAGGAGGCUGGAGAUGAGGCCGAUGACGAGGAGACUGGAGAUUACAACCUAGACAUAGUCGGCAUUCCAUGCUUCUGGUUGACUGCGAUGGAGAACUUGCCAAUGGUGUCGCAGAACCUCACGGAGCGCGACUGCGACGUGUUGACUUACUUAUCCAACAUUACGCUCAAGUACUUGACCGAGGGCAAACCGGGCUUCCAAUUGAUAUUCACGUUCGACAAGGACAACGAAUUCUUCACCAACGAGACCUUGACCAAGACAUACUAUUACCAAUCAGAACUCGGCUACUCGGGCGACUUUAUCUACGACCAUGCGGAAGGUGAGGUCAUCCAAUGGGUGGACAACGAUCACAACGUCACGGUUACCGUGGAGAGACGAAAACAGAAGAACAAAACCACGAAGCAGAUACGUACCAUCGAGAAGCUGACUCCAGUGGAAUCGUUCUUCAACUUCUUCGACCCACCAAAGGCUCUGGACCCAGAAAACGACGACGAAGAACUCGACGAGGAGGAGGUCGCUGAGUUGGAGAGCAGACUUGCCGUGGACUAUGCUGUUGGUGAGGAAAUUAAGGACAAGUUGAUUCCAAGGGCUGUUGACUGGUUUACUGGUGCCGCUUUGGAGUUUGAGUACGGCGACGUGGAAGAAGAAGACGACGAAGAUGUCACUUCCGAGUUCCAAGACGAGGAUGAAGACGACGACGAAGAAGAAGAAGAAGAAGACGAUUUCGCUAACAAAGAUGCGCUAAAGAAGGUGCAACCUCCGGAAUGCGAGCAGUCGUGA